AUGCCUUCUCAAACUGUUCUGCGUCUUCUUGGCCACGAUUCCUGGGAACGACUUGCUGAGUUCAAAGAAUCGGUGCCUUCUGCCGGGAAACAUGAGCUAGUCGUCAAGGUGCGCAGUGUAGCAUUGAACUUCCGGGACAUUGCCAUAUCCACUGGCAAGUACCCUUUCCCUGUAAAAGAUAAUGUUGUGCCUGGAUCCGAUGCUGCCGGUGAUGUUGUUGAUAUUGGAGAGGGCGUUCGAGGAUUCACCAAAGGCGAGAAAGUAAUUGUGGCUUUCGACAUCGCUACCUUGUACGGUCCGAUCACAAACUGGAACAAUGGACUUGGUGGCCCGAUUGACGGUGUUCUAAGAGAAUACGUGGCAAUUCCAUCGGAAGCAGUCGUCAAGCUUCCGGAUUCCCAGCUUAGCUACAGCCAAUGGGCCAGCGUUGUUUGCACCGGAACUACCGUGUGGAACUCUUUAUACGGGAAUAUUCCUCUGAAGCCUGGAAAUACUGUUCUCUGCCUUGGUACUGGGGGGGUGUCUGUCACUGGCCUCGUUCUUGCGAAGGCUGCGGGCGCCACCACUAUCAUCACAUCUUCUUCGGGAGAGAAGCUACAGUAUGUUCAACAGAAAUACGGAGCUGACUAUACUAUCAACUACAAGACCACCCCUAAAUGGGCUGAAGAGGUACAGAAGAUCACCCACGGCCGUGGUGUAGACUACAUCCUAGAAAACGGUGGCUCUGGGACUAUCAAACAGUCUCUGGAAGCUGUUGCUUACGGCGGUAAUAUUGCCGUCAUAGGCUUUCUCUCCGCCUCUCUCCGACAUAACAUGCCGGACGUAGCCGGUCUCGCAUUGGCAAAAGGAGUAGUUGUCCGUGGUAUCAUGGUUGGUUCCAAGCAACUGCUUGAGGAUGCUGUUCGAUUCAUCGGCACCCGCAACCUACCUGUCCCUGUUGAGAAGACUUUCAUGUUCAGCCGGGACCAGGUGAUUGAGGCAUACACAUACCUUGCGAGCAGGCAGCAUACGGGAAAAGUCUGUAUCGACUUUGUUAGAAAGUCCUGA